ACCCAUCUAAGUUCUUCAUUCAAAGACCAAAACUCAUCCUUCACUCAGGAUUCUUAAAAUAUGAACAUCUUCUUGCUCAUCCUCUUCUUCAUCUUCCCACUCCGUGGCAUUCGCCCCGCACCCAUCAUCCAACUCUCCAAUCUCAUCGACCAAACAUGCAAGCAGACACCCUUCUAUGAACUAUGCACCUCCAUCCUCCUCUCCAACCCCAAAAGUGCUGACGCAGACAUCGCCGGGCUUGCUCGGAUCAUGGUCACAUCCCUUGACUCCAAGGCAUCUGACACCCUUGAUCAGAUCAAUGACCUUCUCGAGGACACCCUCACCCUUGACCCUGCAACACAACAAGCCUUGGCUUUAUGUGCCGAACGUUACAAUGUGAUCCUAACAGGAGACAUCCCACAAACCAUUGCCGGAUUGGACAGAGGGAACUACAAGUUCGCACAGAAAGGAACGAAUGAUGCAGCUCUUGAGGCAAGUGCUUGUGAGAAAGGGUUCCCAAGUAAGAGAAAAUCGCCGAUAAACGAGUUGAACAAGGAGGUGCGCCAUAUAUCGAUUGUGGCUGCAGCAAUUGUGAAGGUUAUGAUAGACUCCUAGAGAAAUUUUGGAGUUCUUUCUGUUUGCAAUAUUGGCUAAGAGAUUGAAGACUCUGUUCUUGAUCGAUUGACUCUUUUUUUGAUAAAGGUAAUGAUUAAGAAGUUAGUAUGAAUUAGUUGUUAAUAACUGAGGAUUUGAUCCUAGAUCGGGUGAACAUUUCACCUCCUCAAAUGAGGUGCGCGGCUAUCAAGUCGCUUUUUGAGGGAGUUCACGAGGAGAGUAGAGUUCAAAACUCCGACCAUCUCACCCAAGCACUUAAGGCUUAGAGUCGAACCAUUUGACCUAAAGACUCGAUUCUUUGAUCGACUGACUUGAUUUGUCUUCGUUGUGGAAUCAAUAUAUUGCAUAAUUUUUU